CUUUUCAAAUGUGAUUUUCAACAUAUUAACCAGUCUGAGUGAUUUUUAUCCUGGCUCUGUCUUUUAAAAAUUAAUUGAAAUCAAAAGGUUCCAAUAUCUUUAUUUUGGAGAAAUUAAGCUUGCAGCUGUGAAAACAUCAUUGCUCAUUUCAUGGAUUUAAUUGGAUUAUGAUUAGAGAUAAGUGUCUAUAUUUUUUGUUAUUGAAAGGAAAUGCUCGCUGUGAAUACACUCUAGAAUAAGAUUAACUAGACACCAACAUCAAUGAUAAUGUAGUGAUAUCUUUCAUUUAAUUUUCAGUACUAUGGAUAUCCAUUUGUUCUGGUGUAGAUUACCUGGGUUACCUAGAAAAAUGAAAUGGCCAGUAAAAGUGAAAGAAUGGCAUGAUGACAAAAGCACUUGUCUACUGUAGGUCUGAUGAUGCAUUACUCUUUAAAGAAGAAAAAAACAACUCUAAAAGCUUUUAAAGAGGACAUAGACUGGGCCUUGGCUGAAGUCUUGAAUGCAAACCAACAUAGUGAGGAGAGCUGUUCAGAUGAUACAAAUGACACCAAUGUUGAUGACAUAGAAAUGCAAGGCAGCAGAACUAUUGGAUGCGAUGAUGGUGGCCAGGAACUUCAAGAUAACAAGUCUGUUGACGACAAUAAUUGUGACAGUGAACAAAAAGAUAAUUCUGACGAUGGUUGUACAAACAUAUUUGUGGUGGAGAGUUGUUCAGGUGAUUAUGACAUGAAUGAUUGUCACAUGGAAAUUCAAAGCAACAACUUUAGUGGUAACAUAGAACAUCAAGGUUACAAAUCUGUUGAAAAUGAUAACUGUGAAAUCAAGCAGAAUGAGGAGAGCUGUUCAGAUGAUUCAAAUGAUGGCAAUGAUGAUGACAUAGAAAUACAAGACAACACGUUGUUGACAGAAAUGAUGGUGACAUGGAAAUUCAGGAGAACAAAUCUGUCAACGACAAUGAUGGUUACAUAGAAAUUCAGACAACAAAUCUGUCAAUGACAAUGAUGGUGACCUUAAAAU